AUGACGACGAUGAGGGUGAAGACGACGACCAGAAGAAAAUCAUCACUCCUCGUCGUCAGAAGCGCGAACGCUCCGGACUUGAACGAUAGUAAUAAUAACAAGAAAAAGAAGGAAUACAAACCGCAAAAGCCGAGACAAAGAAAACCGAAAACGGGCGCGCCUCCGCCUCCGCCGCCACCAACCGCGAAGGAUUUAGAAAUGAUGAGCAAGUUUGAUGACUUGGAAGCUGGUGGAGGAAUCAAAUACGAAGUCUUCGCGAGAGCGAAAGGACCGAACCAGUGGUUUCCAGUUGGCCCGAUGGUCGUCAAGGAGGAAUGGAUGAUUGGGAAAGAGUUAUGGAACGCCGAGGAACCGUUGAAACGAGCGGCGUUGCAAAUGUACCCAAAGUUGGCCGCCGCGCCGGCGUUUGGGAAGUUGGAAUAUGGUUUUCGAAGAGCCGAUAAGGAGAAGAUUAGCGAAGAGGAAAUCAGACAAGGGCAAGGUAAAGUGAAUCCGUUCGACGACGUCGAAGUCCUGAAGGAGAGAUCCGAGUACGACGGGGUCGCGCCGGAAAAAACGCUGUUGGAGAAGUUCAACGCGUGGAUGAAUCCGUACACGAAUAAGUAA